AUAUUUCCGGUCCCGGUGCGCUGCUUCGCGCCUUUGGCACUUUGUUCCAAGCCGUGUUUCCGCAACCUGCACGUUGUGUUUUUUGUAACUGACUGCCGUACAACGGAGUAAUGGCUGAUAGCGGAACAAGCGACAGAAAGAUAGUGUUGGGUGUUGAUGCCAGCGAGCACAGUCAGCGUGCUUUUGACUGGUACAUCAAGAACUUGUGCGACAAGGAAAGAGACCAUUUACUUGUCAUCCAUGCCCACGAGUGUCCAUCUGUUUCAGUUCCUUACGCCAGUGGUAGUGCAUACUUUGAUGACGUACGAUAUUUGGUGGAGAAAAGUACGAAACAAGCCAAGGAACUGUUGGAGACAUUUGGCGCGAAAUGCAAACAGCACGGGCUGAAUUUCAAGCUGUACAAGGAGGAAAGCAACAAUCCAGGAGAAGUGAUCUGCAAACUGGCGAAAAAUGAGAACGCGCAAUUUGUUGUGAUGGGUUCCCGUGGGGUUGGCACAUUGCGCCGUACCUUCCUCGGCAGUGUUAGCCAUUAUUGUGUUCAUCACACUAAUAUUCCACUGGCUGUCGUGCCACCCCCAAUAAACUAAAUCGAAACGGUGACAAUGCUUGUAAAAUAAUGAUUGUUCUUAACUGACCGAUCAGGCUGCUUUACCGUUAUUAUUGUAUGGAAACAACUUGCUUUAUUCAUCAUGAAACGCAGAGGCGGAAAAGAAUUUUUAAUUGAAUUAUUUAUAGAAUUGAAGAAAUUUUUGAAAAACUGAACUGAAUGAUUAAACUGAAUCCAUACUUCUUCUUAGGAAGAUCGAAGGAGUCUCUGCUCCCAGGGUAAAGACCUCUGGAAAACAGGCUGAUUAGACAACCUAUUUUGCGCGCAUCUGUUUUCAUCUAAACAAAUAAAAAUAAAAUGAUUGCUGUUUUAACUGA